AAUCCACAAAGUAACAACCAUAGCGUCGUUUCAAUCCUCGAGGUGCGAGUCAUUUUCCCAAAUCCAUUGGUGGCAACAUGUCCCUACAACCCAGCAAAUCAAUUUCUUUGUGUUAAACCCAUUGUUGUUACGAUUUUACAGUCCUAAUUGUUGCCUACAAGUGAGGGAAUUUUGUUUAGAGGCAAGGCAAAGCUGGGCUAAGAGGUUGAGCCAUCGAGAUGCGAAAGUAUGAAGCAAUAUUGCUGAAAGAAGAUGCCCUUAGCAUGUAUUUGGAUGAGUAUGGGUAGAAUGGAUGGUAGUUAUCUAAAAAGAAAGUCACUCCGUAGUUCAUCAGUGUGUCAGGCCAAAAAGAGGAAAGAUAAUGUAGAAGAGGGGAUGGAGACACUCGACAGUUUCAAGCAGAAUGAAACUGGAGAAGCAAGUUGCACUAACGAUCAUGUAGCACCUCCCGAGAGAAGUGAACUUAAUGAAAAUUUAAUUAAUUAUUCAGUAGUACAGGAGGAAUUGAAAUUAUGUAAUGUAACUGAUUCAAACAGUCCUAAAAUAUCACAACUGCAGGGCACCGAAGACGUCUGUGGUGAUUUUAGAUCUUAUAAGUUAGCAAUAGAGAAAACUUCAACCAUGAGUGUAUCCAAACCACCAGUCAAAGAAAUAACAGAGACCAAUGCACCAAGUGAGAAAGGACCGUGUCAUUCACCUGAUAAUACAGGUAAUUUGGAUGAUAGUAGGAAAAAUGCAUCGACUCCUUGUAGACCAUCAGAUGAAAGAGGCAAACAGCAAGUGUCAACUCAGUAUAGUAUUUCAAGUGACUCUAAACCUCUGUGUAAUUCGUUAUCUUUAAUAGAAGAAGACCUAUCUAGUUUUGAUGUCCAUACAAUGGAUUCUGUGCCUUUUACAGUAGUAGAAGUUACAUCUGAUAUAUUAUUUAAAAAAACCAGUGCCUGUCCUCCUUCAGAGAGUGAUCAGGGUUACAGCAAAGGUGUUUGUACACUCAAACCAUUGAGUGACAGAAAAAACAAGUUAGUCUUAACUUCCAAAGGAAAGGAGACAGAUGGUUCAGUAUCUUCUCAUACAGAUUUAUGCACAGUAAAUAAUGAGGAGACAACUUUAAUUUUCUCAGAUAUGAAUGCUGGUAUGUCGACAUCAGAAGUCAGGAAUGAAAAUCCCCAAACAUUUUCAGCUGGUAACCCUACUGAAGCUUUAAUCAGUGGUAUUGUUAAAUCAUGUGGAAAGAUUAACAGUCAUGUUAAUCAUUUUUCUGUAGAAAACAAACACAAUGUUAAUUUUCAGGACCAAAAAAUAGGAGUCACUAACAAAGAACCAAAGGUGCUUGGUAAUAGCAGUGUUGCUGAAUCAUCAUGUAAGGAAAGUGAUGUGUCUAUACUGGAGGAUAAAGGAAUUGGACAUAAUGGCAAAGAUAACCAAACUCUUAUUGCCAAGAAUAUGAAGAACAGGAAAUUUACAGCUCACAAUGUUUUAGAGAAAGUUUCUGUCAGCUCAUCAGGUCAACUGGCAUGGAAGGUGCAAGAAUCUAACACAAGGAUUCGAAAGGCUGAAGGCAAUGAUUAUGGUGACAGUGCUCAACAAAGCAAUAAUUUGGGGCAUGAAAAAAACAAUCAGUCUAGCAUAGUUUCAGUUUUAGAUCUUUCCCAGCGUAAUGUGGAUCAAAGAAGAAAUCAUGGUCUUGUAACCAAACGGAAAACUGGCGAAAUUCCUUGUGUAAAUACAAAAAAUCUGGAAGAAAAGUAUGGCCACCAUAUUUCAUACACAAAAAGUAUGACUGCUUUCCCCACAAGCAUGCAAGAAAAUUCAGACAAAGUGGCAAAGAGCAAGAUAAAUGAUAAUGAAGAAUUUUUUAAAAAUGUUAAGGAAGAUACCAAACUGGGAUAUGAAAAGAAAAUUCAAGGAGUCCAAGGUAAUGACAUUACUAUAAACCAAGAAAAUCAUUGUGUUUGGAGGUCAAAUCCUGAUGUAAAGGAGUACGAGGAAAAUACAGCUUCAGAAAAAGAAAAAGCAUUGAACAAGCACAUGGAACUUUUAAUAGAAGCUAGAAAUCAGGAAAUAGAUUGUCUUAAGAGCGAUUUAAAUAUUUUAAAGAAGAAAUUUAAUGACUUUGAAAAGCAUCAUUUUGAAACCAUGAAGGAAAAAGAGACUAAUUGGAAGUCAAAAUUCCAGUUUGUUUCUCAAACCAAAGAUGAUCUAGAAAGGAAGCUGAGAGGAAUUGAAAAAAGCCGCUUGUUGCUGCAAAUGGAAUUAUGUCUUCACUCCCCAGACAUUCUUGACCUGGAUUGUUUUGAGACGAGUUUUACUGAUUUCAGUCAGGAAAUAAAGGCCACCCGUGCUCUUAACAGUAAAUUGCUUAUAGAGAUGCAGCAAAAUCAAAAUUUCAGGAAUGUCCUAAUAGAACAUAAGAGUAGAUGUAGCCAACUAGAAGGAAACCUACGUAUGAAGGAAGAAACUAUUGUGCAUUUACAAAGGAGAAUGAAGGAAAAGGAAUGCAGUCAUCUUAGCACCAUCAGUGAGAAAACUCGCAUUGGGAAAUGGCUGGUUGAUAGUGUGAAGAAAGAGAAGGAUGAGCUGAAAGAGCAGCUAACAAUUUUAAAAAAUGGUAAAUUCUUAUUGCAAAAGAAGUUAGGACUUACAUUGCUGACAGAUGUAGGAACAGAUUUUGGACAGGAAAUAGACUCUAUACAUAUUCUGCAGGAAAAAUUACAAUCUCAAAACGAGAAGUGUAAAGAAAUUGAAGCGGCUUUUCUGAGCGAAAAGACAAAGAGAGAAAAGUUAGAGCAGUGUCUUUUUGAGAAGGAGAUGAGGUCAGAAAUUUUAGCCACUGUUGGGACUCAGACUGUUGAUCAAUUCCAUUGUAACCAUUUGGCAGAAAUGACCAAGUUGAUGUGCGAAGUUCAGAGAGAAAAACGUGUAUGUGCACAGGCAAAAGAACAACUCCAAGUUGAGCAAAGACAGAAAGAUAUACUAAUUGCCCAUGUUAAAAAAGAGUAUGACGAUAGUAUGAAUGACCUAGAUCAUCACAUGUCUUUGUACAGUAGGUAUUGUGAUGUAUAUAUGGAAAAGAUUAAGAAACUCUCCGAUAUCAUGGAUAACAAGUAUAUAUAAUUAUUUUGAGUAUCUGCUUUAAGGCAAAAUUCUUUCAUUCAUAGAAUAAGUUCUAUAAAUACAGCAUAAUAUGACAGUAAGAACUGAGAUGUGCAAAUGUGCAUUACUUAUGGAACUGUAAUCUUUGAUAUGACGGAAGAGGUUAUUUCCAAGUUACCCUGUUACUUAUAAAUAUCUGUCGAAGGAUAAUAGCUGUUAAAGAGUGGUUUUAGUUGAAGUAAGCUCAUUGUUGUCGUCAAGUUUCUCUUCCAUUAUGAUGAAAAUUUUUAUUCUUAUAAUUUAGCUUUUGCUUACAUGGUAUGUUUUGUUAAAAGGGUAAAGGUUUGUUUCUUUUCUUUUUCCUUGCUGUAAUAGCAGUAUUUUGUAUUAGUGAUAAAUUUAACUUGGCAAUUUUCAAAUUCUUUUCCCUUUUUUUGUACCUAAGGUCUGUGGUACUCAUAAGUUUGUGAAAAAAAAUUAUUUAAUUAUCCCUACCAAUGUAACAUGAGCUGGAUUUUUUUUAUUUGACAACCACGAAUUAUAAGCUGUGAAUUUGUAGUACAAAUUGAGAACCAAUUAUUUUUUUAUGAUUUAAUUAUAUUAGUUGAUCUCUGUUAAGAAUUAUUAUCAAGAAUGAUUUGUGCAAUUUAAAGAUGAAAUUGACAACUUUUAUUUUUUUUAUUACCUGUGCUUGCCCAUUUUCUAUAUAAUUUGCGGGGAUAUAAUGUUUAUUGUUUAUAUGAAAAAUAACUUCUGUGUCAAGUUUUGUUAUUCUUAUUCUAAUCAUACUAUUAUGAUAACAGUUGUUUGAAGGGAAAAGUUACCAUUGAAUUUAUAUUGGUUGUUAAGGAGAAAUGUAUAGUACUGUAAUUUGAUUAUUGUAUCGAAAUAUUUUGCAUUUUGUACCAUCAUUAUUUUUACUGUCUAAUUAAAUGUGUUUGUUGA